UGUACCUUAGACAGCAGACUGCUAGCAAGCAAUUUUUACAGAGACUGAUUAAUAUAUUCUGUACGAAAAUGUCAGAAGUCUUAAAAUUAUUUGAACAGCUAAAGCAGUGCGACGACACUUAUGAAGCGGGAAAUGUAAACCUUAAUGACCUUUACACUCAGCAGAGCAGUCUGCUGCACAAUAUCCUCUGUAUGCUGGAGCGCCUUGAAGCCGAGAGAGAGGCAGCGGAUGUGAGGAAAGCAGAUGUCGGUGAGUCGCAGCCGAAUGAGAAAAGCUCAAGUCAUACUGAUGAGCAGAAGGCGGCGCAGGAGCAACUGUCCAGCGGUACAGAGAUGCCGAGCCUCUCCACCUCGAGCGGACAAGUGGAGGACAGCGAAGGAGUGUCCAAGGCUCUCAUGCAAGACUUGGUAAAAGAGAAUCAGAAGGUGAAGAAAGAAGUGGAGACACUUAAAAAUCAGUUUAGUCAGUGUGUGACUUUGGAACAGGUGCAGGUCUUGCUGAGUCAGCGAGGUCUCCUGCUCUCUGUAUCGGAGGGAGCCCUAAACCAGCUAGCUGUCCAGACCCAGUCCCAGCAGAGCAGUCUGCUGCACACUAUCUUCUGUAUGCUGGAGCGCCUUUGCGCCGAGAGAGAGACAGCGGAUGGAAGGAAAGCAGACCGCGAUGUCAGUGAGUCACAGCCGAAUGAGAAAAGCUCAAGUCAUAUUGAUCAGCAGAAGGCGGCACAGGAGCAACUGUCCAGCGGUACAGAGAUGCCGAGCCUCUCCACCUCGUACACGAGCGGACAAGUGGAGGACAGGGAGGAAGGAGUGUUCAAGUCUCUCUUGCAAGACUUGGUAAAAGAGAAUCAGGAGAUGAAGAAAGAAGUGGAGGCACUUAAAAAUCAGUUUAGUCAGUGUGUGACUUUGGAACAGGUGCAGGACUUGCUAAGUCCUCUGGUCUCUGUAUCUGAUGGAGCCCUGCACCAGUCCCAGGACAGCAGUGAGGUUGAGCAGGUCCCAGAGACACUGGAAGCUCUGGCAGACAUAGGGGAACUACAGGAGAAGCACGAGAGCCUGGAGGCUCGUGUGGAAUGCCUGGAAGGAGAACGAGACGAUAUAUUGGAUCAGUUGAAUAAACUGAAAACUCAGUUGGUGGAUGCUGUAACGGUAGAUAGAAAGAAGGUACAUGAGGUGGAGCCUUUGGACAUGGGUCCAGUGAACGUUUCAGAAAGUUCAGGAUUAGCUGAGGAGCUUGCCAAGUCUGAAGCGGCACUCAGCCAGAUCAGAGACAGUUUCAGUGGGCUAGAGCAGCAGCUUCAUCUGCAAACAGCUGAUAUCAGGAAUGCAGUGCGGAAGCUUGAGGAAGAGGUGCAAAAUAUGAAGCAAGAACUGCUGGCCCUCAGAUUGGAACAGAAGAGAAGCCCAGAUAGUGAAAUGCAGGAUAAGCUGGACAGCCUCCAGUCCAAACUAGAUUCUGUGAUGGCAUCCACAGCUUCUAUGCUAUCAUCCAGCCUACCUCAGGAAGAUCUGGAUUCCACAGCAGGUCAGGAAGGUGCUGCUGAACCUGAAUGGCUCUCAGGCAUGGCGGAUCUGAGCAUGAAGAUAAGCGAGCUCUUUCAGCAGGUUGAGAAUCUGCAGAGCAUUGUUACUGAUCUUAAGAAGCAGGAGAACACUGACACAACCUCAGAGUUGACAAGUGAUGUGCAGAGGGCUGUUCUACAACUCCAGGCUGAGUUCGAGAAGCUCCGCAGUACAACCACCCAGCUGAUGAAGGAUCACACGCAGGAACAAAGUCACAUUGAGCACCUGUACAAGACUAUGAAGGAGGUGGAUGAGAAGAAGGCAGACAAGAAGGCAUUGAAAAUUGUAAAAAGCAUUAAAGCAGACAUGCAGGCACUGGAUACCAAGGUCCUCCAGUGUGAUACAAAAACAGUGAUGCUGAACAGGACGUUUCAGGAUCUACUGACUGGACAUGAGGAUCAUUGUCAUCAGGUUAAUGAGAAGAUCUUCAGGGAACUAGAUUGCAAGUUGAACCACACUGAGCUGGAUCUUCUGAAGAAGCAGCUAGAGCUAGAUUGUCAGAUGAGAAUUCACAAGGAGCUACAGCUGCAACGUGCCCCAGAAAGUGAUGAUGCUGCUGGUCUCAAGAAACAGCUGACAAACUUCAACUGCCUCUCCUGUGACCGCUGUGUCGAAAUAAAUACUACUGGACCACGCUUGCAGGUUUUGCCUGAGCUUCCAAGUUUACCCGCUCCAAAGGGCCAUAGGAGGCUGAGAACAUGCACUAACGUGGACCAGUAUGAGCAAUCACCUACAGAGUGGAGUAUGGAACAAACCAUGAUUUUCAGAGUGAGUGAUGGCUGUGGUUUCAAUGGGCAUAUCUACAAUACUAGUGAAGUGAGAGUGCCCACCUUCUCCCCCAAAAAAGGCUACUGCAAAAACAAGGAGAUGGUUAACCGCAGUCAGUUGCUGACACCUAGUGGAAGAAAGUCUAGCCGGCUAUUGCCAUUAAGACCGCAGCAACCCGAGACCCAACUCAUCUGCUAUGGUUCAAACUGCUUGGAGAAAGGUAAGCAAUGGUUCAUUGAGGACUCCAUUCCACAGACCCUUCACUGCCGUCAGCCAAGAAAACCUGUUGGCAAUAAUGACUAAAUAAAUACACAAGGUAACAUUUUACAAUAACGGUACAUUAGUAAAUGGCAGUUAUGUAUGAGCUUAUGUAUUACAUAAUAGCUUAUGUAUUACAUGUUCUGUUACACCCUCUUUACUGUCAGGGUGAUGAGAAUCACCUACUGUGGUGCUUGAAAGUUUGUGAACCCUUUAGAAUUUUCUAUAUUUCUGCAUAAAUAUGACCUAAAACAUCAGAUUUUCACACAAGUCCUAAAAGUAGACAAAGAGAACCCAAUUAAACAAAUGAGACAGUAAUUUUUUACUUAUAAAUGAUCCAAUAUUACAUACCUGUGAGUGGCAAAAGUAUGUGAAACUCUAGGAUUAGCAGUUAAUUUGAAGGUGAACUUAUAGUCAGGUGUCAUGUUUUCAAUCAAUGGGAUGACAAUCAGAUGUGACUGAGCACCCUGUUUUAUUUGAUGAACAGGGAUCUAUCAAAGUCUGAUCUUCACAACACAUGUUUGUGGAAGUGUAUCAUGGCACGAACAAAGGAGAUUUCUGAGGACCUCAGAAAAAGGGCUGUUGAUGCUCAACAAAAUGACUUGGGAGGCCGACUCAAAGACAAUGAUCAGAAACGUGGGCAAGUACAAAGAUCAAAACCAGAAUGCAGUAAACAAUAACAACAGCUUGGUAAUGACAGAACACUAGGGAAACUGAGCAAUUACUUUGCGAGUGAUUGAGGUGCAGACAGUCAUGUGACAUGGUCAGGUGAGGUGCAGUGACUGAUGGGAAUCGUAGUCUCUAGUCCCUUUUCCGGUAUUCAUAUAACAGUACAUGUGAUAUAUCACUUUAUUGGAAGCUCUCAGCAUGCACACAAGAAGGAAUCUAGGUUAUUCUCUCUGCCACUGGCAUUUAGGAGGGGUGAGACAGAAGGCUACUUGCUGUAUUAUUAAAAAAUAUCAAGUGAUUCUUUACAUGUACCAUUAUCAUAAAUUGUUACCUAAUGUGAUAGUUUGCUGCAGAAAAAUGUACAUAAAACGUGAUAUCUAAUGUAAUAAACAGUUUCCUCUCAAG